UUUACGCCUCAGUCUUUCUCUCCUCUGCUCCUCUUCUUCAGUCUCAGUCGGCACAUUGGAGUGGAUUUCUUUUUUUUCCUCUCUCUUUCAGGAAAAAAAUAAAUAAAACAGCGUCUCGGGGGCAAUUUAUUGAGUGCAAAUAGCAGAUAGAGCUGAGAGCCAGCGUAUUUUGGAAAGAUGCACGGGUGAGCAGGCACGGACCGGUCCGGUGACUAAUUACCAUAAUAAGGCGCACAAGUUCGCCGGCGAGUCAGGCACGUUUUAUUUCUCCGUAUUUCCAUGUAGCCAGUGCCGCAGCGGGGAGAUAAUCGGGCGGAGGGAGCAGUUACAGAGAGUAGACAGAGGGAGAGAGAGAGAGAGAAGAGCUGGCAGCACAUGAUCACACAGGGUAUCCAGUCACUGAUCAACUGGAGCGUUCAUAAUUACGCUGGCGACAACAUAUGGGAAUACAACAAGGCGAGAUUGUGGUCACACCUGGUUCUGGAGGACACCGGAGGACCCGUGCGGGGACAGAGGCGGCCAGAUCUCGGGGACUUUGCAUCAAACAGUCGAGAGAAAAGCGUGGCAUCCGAAAGCAGCAUCAUCCGGUAGAGCAUAGAUUUGAAGCCAGAGGUGACAACUAAUCCACGUCAAAGCCGAGCAUAAAAACACAGCAGAAAGAGCUGUUCCUAAAAACAGCGAGAACACACUCCUACACGCCGACAUCCUGCCUCAGCCUCCCAGAGUUUACGGACUACAUGUCGACAGGAGCCCAAGGAGACUCAGUCUGGGGACUUUGAAGGAAUCGUGUGGGGAAGAACGGUGCAAAUGAUACGGCGGCACCCCCUUCCCUGCCAGCCUCGCUUCAAAAAGAUGGAGGUCACAGGAUUCCAGCUCCCCGCAGUGAUUUGAGGAUUAACCACACCCUUGGGAAAGAGAGACAGUGCUUAUGUUCACCAUAAUGGCACCUGUGUGUGCAGUAAAACUAAGGGCUUGGCUCUUCAUGCUGUUCAUUUGGUUGACACUACAUACCAGCAUGCUUCAGUUUGCUGCAGCCACGAUACAAGGGUACCUUGGAGACACAGAUAUGACAUGCCCAUCUGUAUGCAGGUGUGAUGAGGACUUUAUUUACUGUAAUGAUCGUGGUCUGAACUCCAUUCCAUCACUGCCUCCUUCUGCGUCUGUCCUGUACCUUCAAAACAACCACAUAAACAACCCAGGCUUGCCCAUAUCCUUGGAGCACCAUCUUGCUGUCCGUGUGGUCUACCUCUAUGAUAAUGAACUCGAUGAAUUUCCCAUGCACCUGCCACCAUCUGUGCGUGAACUCCAUUUGCAGGACAACAACAUCCGCACUAUUCCUCGUACCGCAUUGGCUAGGAUGCCAUUGUUAGAGAAGCUCCACUUGGACGACAACUCAAUUUCUACUGUCUCUAUUGAGGACCAAGCCUUUGCUGAUAACCCACGGCUGCGCUUGCUUUUCCUUUCACGCAACCACUUGUCCAGUAUCCCCUCAGGCCUGCCUGCUUCUCUGGAAGAACUCCGUCUAGAUGACAACCGGAUCUCCACUAUCCCAACCCAUGCCUUCCGAGGCCUGAACUCACUUAGAUGUCUUGUCCUGGAUGGGAACCUUUUGGCAAACCAGCGCAUUGCUGAUGACACAUUCUCUCGCCUUUCCAACUUGACCGAGUUAUCUCUAGUCCGCAACUCCCUCCAGACCCCACCAGUCAACCUACCCAGUGCCCAUCUGCAGAGACUGUCUUUACAGGAUAAUGCCUUGACUCAUAUGCCACGUGGUUCAUUGGAUGGCAUGCGUAGGCUGCAGAGGCUGGAUCUGUCAGGAAAUAACCUGACCACACUGCCAAAAGGACUGUUCAAAGAUCUAGACAACCUGAGUCAGCUGCUGGUGCGAGGAAAUCCUUGGCACUGUGGCUGCAACCUGCGCUGGCUGUAUGACUGGCUGCGUGCCCGUGGUAACUCCAUCACUGUCAGAGGUCUAACUUGCCAUGGCCCUGACAGGGUGAGAGACAUGUCUUUGACAGACCUGACAAGUGAGAUGGAGGAAUGUGAGGUAGUCAGAUCAGGGUCCAGAGAAAAAGGGGGCAUAGGUGGAGUUGAGAGCUCGACCACCAACAUUCCUCCACAGGGUUCUCUCUUCACCCUCCGUUCAAAGCGUCCAGGUUUGGGGUUUCCUGACUCCGGGCUAGACUACACUCUUAGCAGCAGUGGUGUCGGGAAGAGCCUGGCCCUGAACGUGAAGCCUCUGUCACACAAUAGCAUCCGGGUCACCUGGAGUGUGGCACAGCCCAGCUCUUCCUUUAGGUUAAGCUGGCUUCGACUUGGAACUGGGAACACCAUGGGAUCAAUCACAGAGACCCUCGUCCGGGGUGAUCAUCGAGAGUAUCUACUUACCUCGUUGCAACCACGUUCUAACUACAUCAUCUGCAUGGUGCCCCUACCUGCCAGUUCAGAAAGCAAAGGGAUGAUUCCUGGAGAUGUUGACUCCGAUGAAGCUCUGGUUUGUGCAAAAGCUGAAACGUCAGACAUCAGCCCAGUGGAGGAGGAGGAAGGUCAAGACUCACGGCAGAUGACAACACUACCCCUGGCAGGGAUCAUUGGUGGGGCUACUGCCAUUGUAUCUUUGGCUCUUAUUUUUGGUGUCUUUUGUUGGUAUGGACAUAGGACUGGACAUUUGUGCACCCGUGACCACUACACUCGGAGCAGCUCCAGAAAAAACAAAACCUAUGAUGAUUAUAUUGAGUCCGGCACAAAAAAGGACAAUACCAUCCUAGAAAUCCGUGGCCCAGGGUUCCAGAUGACGCCUAUGGCUGCUUGCCAGCCAAUGCAGCCAAAACCCUUACGAGAGGAUUACAUCAUUCAUACCAUAUUCCCCUCCAAUGGCACUGGCUUGUAUAAAGGUACCAACAAUGUUUCUAAUGCAGGACAUGGCUCCAACCGUGGCUAUAGAGAAGGAGGAAUCCCAGAUAUAGACUACUGUUACACAUGAUGCACUGUACCUGAUUCUCUUCACAGUGUUAUUGGUAAACUGUAUAGAUGCACAAUAUCCCUUCGCAUGGACACUGAAGCACCCCUCUGUGCCUUCUUCUUCUGGUCUCCCAUUCCAAAUGACCUGCUGUUUGCUCAACUGAGAGUAGUGUAUGUGAUGAACUGGAACUGAAACUGUGCAGGAACAGUUCACUGCAGGAAGCAGCAGCCAAUGCUCCAGGUGUAAAUGCACAGCUGAGAGUUUUCUUCACCAUCUUAGUAAUGGCCUGUGUACGUUUCCUUUUCUGCUCUUUCCCUGUGACAUGUAAGCAAAGAAUGUAUCCUCUGUGGAAAGGUCAAACUUAGCAAACUUAGCAGGUAGAGUUCCUCUUUCACACACAGGAGCCACACCAGUCAGCUCAAGGACCGGUGAGAGACAGACAUUUUUGGUACUCAUUUCCUGCUCACCGGUCAUACACAGUAUGUAGUCUUAUCAACUCAUUGUUCCAAAUGCCUCAACUAUAUUGAUGUGCCCUACCAGCUAUCCAAGGAAAGGGCUUUGUAAAGCUGUGAAUUGUUCAAUUUCAAACAACCCAAUAACCACUUGUCUUAAAAUAGGCUUGUUAUUACCUUAUUAAGUAGUUGGCAGGGUGAAGAUCUUAUAAGGGCUGGUCAGCCUUGGUUAUAGCUCUUGAGGUCAUUCACCUGAGAUCAGUAUUGUAGUGCUGCACCAGAUAAAAUGCAGCACGAGUGUGUAGAUAAUUUCCUUUGGUACCGACUGGCCUGUGUUUGAAAAAUGCUUUGCUAUUUUUUAUCAGUGGUUUGUUUAGUAAUGAAAUCCUGCACAGCUCUCUUUAUUUAUUUAUUUUGUUCCCAAUGUGAUGGUUUUUGUCUCUGCUAAAACAGCUUUUUUUUCUUUUCGCCCCCGUGUUUUUCAUUAUUGAUGAAUCCCAGCUUCUGAUGAAGACUGUGGCUUUGUUUCUUCUAAACAAGUGCAGAAAAUAUACCGAUGGCUGUCUCCUGGUUCAUGUUCUGUUAAAACCAGCAGAGUGAAUUCUUGAUUGUGACUAUUCUUAAUAUUAUGUCAUUUUUAAAAAAUUAGACUCCGCCCAAAGACUAAGCAUGUCAGCCCGCUGAGACAGUAAUGACCAACCUCAGUCCUUCUUUUCCGAUGUUGUGCCUGUGUGCGUCACCUGUGACUUCAGUUGGUGGCUUUUGGUUGUAAAAUGUUUCUCCACAUUCUUAAAGUUAAGACGGCUUUUGUUUUGUUUUUUUCAAAGCACCCAGACUGAACGAAAUACUAAUGUGGAGUCUCUUUGGGGAGGCAGACUCUUGCGAGUGAACUUCGAAAUUCGAGGGCAAGAACUGUGAGCGCAACUGAGAGUUUAAACCGCAACACUGUUGACCUACACUGUGGGGCGGCGGCCAAGCUGUGUGGGCGGGUGGAUGGACAGGUUGGGCUGGGCAGCAGGGUGACUCCUUGGCGAUGGGAGUUCAUUGAUGUUUGUUUUAGCAACGUUAAAAGGCCUCCACUCGAUCCACCUCUUUUAUUACUGAGCAGCACUAAAAAUGUAAAUGUAUUAGCACUUAGCAGGGAACAGGGAUAAAUGUAACGACGGGCACGGGGAGACGGAGGGUAAAGAAACAUCUCCAUGCGCUGACGAAGACGCAGGAUUGAUGGCUCUGGCACAGCGAGGAUCACCCAUGCAUAAAUCUGUUUGGCAUAUUAGCUUCUACCCUUGGAUUUAAUAUUGUCCAUCAGUUGUUUACCACUGUGUUGCUCUCAAAGAGGACACCAAUUGUGCUUCCUUGACUAUUGUGUCCGGCAGAGUUUUACACUGUUGUCAGACAAUAUGUCAGUGGAAUGUAAUUAUUAUUUUGCGCCCAGAAUCACCGGCUUUAAACAAAUAACAUCUUACUGGCCUGGCUAAAUUUUGUUUCGGGGAAUGUUGAUAUAGUGUAAUUGCUAUUUUAUAGUGAGUCUAUUUAAGAUGCAUACUUCCUCAUCAUUUGUAUAAAUAAAACAAAACAAAACAAAACAUGGCCACAGUCACAUAAAUAUUUUUUCUGAUGAAAUAAUAAAAAGUAAUGGUGCCAUAACUUUGCGUAAAGAAAAGAUGAAAAAAAAAAAUGAUGUGAAGCUGAAAUACAUGUGGACUUUUCUUUAUAAAUUCAUCUUCAGAGGGGAUCAAUAAAAGUUUUAUAAUCUUGUUA